AUGGAGAUUAAAAUUUCCUCAAACACUUUUAAGUAAUAAAAAACAAAAAGGUAAAAUUUUGAAUAAGAAAAAUCAUUAUCUCAAGGUCCUAAUAGCAGAGUUAUGAGAAUUGAACAUUAAGGAAUUAGAAAGUAUUUUAAAUUAAUAUUUAUGAAAGAACUCUAAAAAGAGUACCAAAAGAUUAAUCUUUAAAUGAAAUUAAGAUAUUGUAAUAAUUGGAUCAUCCAAAUAUUUUAAAAUUAUAUGAAUUCUAUGAAGACAAUAAUGAAUACUGUCUUAUUACUGAUUAUUGGGAAGGAGGAGAUCUGUAUGAAUAUUUAUGCAAACAUGAUGAAAUUGAUGAAUAUGACAUAGCUCAAAUUAUGAAACAGUUAUUUUCUAUUUUGCAUUACAUACAUUAAAAAAAGAUUGUACAUCGAGAUAUCAAAAGGUAUAAUAAUUAAAUUAAUUUAAGCGAGAAUAUUUUAGUUGAAAAAUAAGAGGAUGGUUGUAUUUUGAUUAAAAUGAUUGAUUGGGGAAUGUAUUAAUAAUUUAAUAUAAAAUAGUGCAACUUAAUUUUAAAAUGGAUCAAAAUUAUAUACAACUGUUGGUACACCUUACUAUAUGGCGCCAGAAGUUUUUAAAUAAUGCUAUGAUGAAAAAUGUGAUAUAUGGAGUUGUGGCAUAUUAUUGUAUGAGAUAGUAACAGGCAAUUUACCUUUUUAUGCAAGAUAAGCUGAUGAAAUUUAAAGAAAGAUUUUAGAUACUAAACCUAAUUUUGAUUUGCCUGUAUUUUAAAAAUGCUCAACUGAACUUAAUAAUCUUAUUAAAUUAUUACUUAAUAAGGAUCCAGAAAAACGACCUUCAGCAAAAGAAUUACUUGAUCAUGAAUUUUUUUAAUUAAGAAAAGAGAGAAAGGCUUCAUAAGAAUUUAAUACUUGUUUUUAAGAAAGUGUAAGUAGAUUAAUUGAAUUUCGAGUUAAGAAUAAAUUAUAAUAAGCAGUUCUUUCAUUUAUGGGUUCAUUUUAACAAACUCCAGAGGAAGAAAGAUAAUUAAUUAGAAUUUUCAAUGAAAUUGAUGUAGAUAGAGAUGGAAAAUUGACAUGUGAUGAAUUAGCUAAAGCUUUAUAAACAAUAUAUAUGUAUGAUGAAUUAUAGGCACAAAUGUAAGCCAGUAUUUUAAUGCAAUAAAUUGAUAUUGAUAAUAAUGGAUUUUUAGAAUAUUCAGAAUUUAUUAUGGCUUGUUCUUAAAGGAAAGUACUUCUCACAGAAAGCAAUUUAAAGAACGCAUUUUAAUAAUUUGAUUUAAAUGGAGAUGGAGUAAUUAGUUUUUAAGAAAUAAAAAAAGUGUUGGAAGGUAAUGAAAACAUUAAAGAUGAGAAAUGGCAGGAAGUAAUCUAGGAAGUAGAUAUAAAUGGAGAUGGUGAAGUGAGUUAUGAGGAAUUUUUAGUUAUGAUGAAAUAAUUAUUAUGA